ACAGUCUUUAAUGAUAAUUUUUCACUGACCCGAUAAUUUUUCACUGUCCACCAGCCUAUUCUCGACUGAUGGAAGGUUGACACCGACAGACCUGGAGCAAUCCUGCUAAAAGCCAUGCCUUUGAACUAUGUCUAAAAUACUCUUAGGUAUCCAUCAACCUAACACCACUGAGGCCCCUGAGGAGCUUCCAUCAGCCAUCUAUGAAUGUUUCGUCAGCUCACAUCUGCUAAAAGCACACUUCAGGAACCGAGUGGCGUGACUCACCUUUAUUGAUUCCUAAAAGCAAUGCAGAUUCAAAACCAAAGAUGAUAUGGCCACUCUGAUUUUGCUAAAUCUUCAUGUGGCAAUGGAGGCUGAGCUGAAGGAUACCACAGAAAAUUCAUUGGAGGUCACAUCAUCAUGGCUUAAUGACUGCUCCCCCGCGGCGCCUGUAGGCAAUGGAUCACUGGAGAGGUACUAUGUGCUCAACCAGACAGAGCGGAUGGCCAUCGGCUCCAUCCUCUUCCUGACUGGUCCCAUCACUCUUCUGGAGAACAUCCUGGUGCUAGGCAUAAUCUGCUCCAGUGCCACACUACGCCGACGGCCCUCCUACCUGUUCAUCGCCAGCCUGGCACUGGCCGACGCCUUCGCCAGUUGCUUCUUCACCAUCAGCUUUCUCGACUUCCACCUCUUCUGUCGGCACGACACUCCAGCUGCCUACCUUUUCAAGCUCGGGGGUGUGACCAUGUCCUUCACAGGCUCCGUGGGCAGCCUGCUCCUCACGGCACUGGACCGCUACCUCUGCAUCUACCAGGGGCCCAUUUACAAGGUGCUGAUGACGCGACAGCGAGCAUUGCUGGGGCUACUGGCUCUGUGGACUGUCACUGCCGUCAUCUCCUUCUUACCACUGAUGGGUUGGAGGUGCCCGACUAAGCUUAGCCCUCCCUGCUCCAACCUCUUCCCCUAUGUGGACCACCGCUACCUGGCCUGCUGGGUCAGCUUCAUCCUGGUGGUUCUCCUGCUCAUCAUCGUGUCCUACACUUUGAUCCUGUGGAAAGCCCACCAACAUGAGGCGUCGGUCACUGGCUUGCAAGGGCAGGCGCGCCUGCGGAUGGACAUCCACCUGGCGCGGACGCUGGGUCUCAUCCUGGUGAUCAUGGUGGGCUGCUGGCUGCCGGCUCUCUCCUUCAUGCUCGCCGAUGUGUCCGUGAACCUGCGCCCCGACCAGCAGAGGGCGUUCGCCUUCUGCAGCACCCUCUGUCUGGUGAACUCCUCUGUCAACCCCCUGUUGUACGCACUGCGCUGCAGGGACUUGAGAGGGGAGCUGUGUCGGAUGUUAGGGCGGCUCUGUGGGUCAUGGAGGUCCAGAAGUGGCGCAGAUGAUCAGUACAGGGAAGAGAGGAGCAACUGUAGCUCAAGUGUGGACAAUGAGGAAAGAAUGGGCAGGUAUACUGUGUCUGUGUGUAAAGAGGUAGACCAGAGACAGCACAACACAGCUGAGCAAUAAGGUUCAUAUUAAUGUGAGGAAUUUUUUUUUUCUAAUGGCUUUUGAUGUGUGUGUGUGUGUGUGUGUGUGUGUGUGUGUGUGUGUGUGUGUGUGUGUGUGUGUGUGUGUUUUUGUUUGUUUUAAUUAUAGCAAUCUGUUUUCAGUAAGACAAAAGGCACAUUAUAGUAGAUACAAUAAAUACUGAGGUCAAGUAGUCAAUCAAAGGUAUAUUUCACUUCACAGACUAUACAAGGAGUUCAUGAUUUGUUUUUGACACAUUAUCAAGAACUUUUACAAGGUAAGUACACAUAGAGCACCUCUGAAAGGCCCCCUAAAGAGUUUUUUUUACCUUAAAAUUAUGUUCCAUCAAAAUCAUAAAACUCUUAAUAGGGUGAACUGCUGUUCAGGUAGAUACAGUGCCGGCCCCCUCAGAAAUCAAAAUGAGCUGCUAUGCUAAAGACUGUAGAGUUCAAAUAGAUAGGCUACUUACAAGAAUAUGGAUCUCUGUUUCUACAGACUGCUGUUAGUGCAUUCUUUCUAUAUUGUAUUGGACGUUAUAGUUUAUAGCAAAGACGCACAUUUAGUUAAUUUAUUAUUGCGCUUCUUAAAGGUGCUCUAAGCGAUAUUACGCUGUUUCUAAGCUAAAACAUUUUUGUCACAUACAGCA